CCGAAGUAAAAAAUAAUUAUUAAAAUGGAUGGGCUCACCGAAAAGCGUUACGAGAGACAAAUUCAAUUAUGGGGCGUUCAAGGUCAAACAUCGCUUAGAAAUUCUAAAGUCUGCUUGAUAAAUGCCGACGCAACUGGAACUGAAGCCCUCAAAAAUUUAAUUUUAGCAGGAGUUGGUUCUUUUACAAUUGUGGAUGACACGACAGUUAAGGAAGUUGACUACGGCAACAAUUUUUUCAUAGCAGAGGGUAAGCUUGAUCAUUCUAGGGCCGAAUGCACUUACGAGUUAUUGCAGGAGCUAAAUCCCGAAGUUACUGGAAACUUUAUUUCCGAAGGUGUUUUAACCAUUUUAAAGACCGAGCCAACUUUUUUUGAUAAAUUUUCUUUGGUAAUUGGUGCUAACUUAACAGAGAGAAUUCUACAAUACGUUGGGAGAGAUUUAUGGGACAAAAACAUUCCGCUUAUACUGGUCUUUGCUUAUGGGAUGAUCGCCUACGUCCGUAUAGUCCACGCUCUUCACACUGUGGUCCAAGGGCAUGUGGAUAACCUUCCCCACGACUUUCAGUGCGAUGCCCCAUUUCCGGCUCUGAAAAAAUUAAUUACCACUACCGAUCUCGAUUCGCUUGACUCAACGCAACUUCGGGAUGUGCCUUAUUUAUUAAUUAUUUUGUUUUACUUAAAAAAAUGGCUUGAAUUGCAUUCCGGUCGACCUCCCGAAACAAGAAUAGAAAAAGAUGAGUUUAAAAAACUUAUUCAAGAAGGUGGCAAGAAAUUUUCUGAAGGCAACGAAGUGAAUUUUGAGGAGGCCUUCUCCUUUGCUUUUUACGCUUGGCGUCGUUCAGAAAUCCCGUCAAACGUUCUCGAGGUUUUUAGGCAUCCGUGCUGUGAUAGUCUAACCAAAAAAAGCGACACAUUUUGGUUCCUAGCGCGGGCCGUCAGGGACUUCACUUUCUACGAUAACAACGGUCGUUUACCAUUGAGAGGUGUGCUGCCCGAUAUGACGGCGGGAACGGCCAACUACAGCCAGCUACUACUGCUAUACCAACAAGAGGCAGUUAAACACGCAUCGAUGGUCUCCGCAAGGGUUCACAACCUGCUGCUUCGCUGCGGUCUCCCAGAGGACUAUAUUGAUGACGAGGAGAUCAAAACGAUCUGCGAAAACUCGGCCACUUUAAAGUGUUUUGAAGGUACAUCCCUUCAGCAUGAAGAAGCUCGUUUAGACGACUUUAAUGUACAGCCCGCAGAGGUUUUUUCCUGGUACUUCUGUCUAAAGGCGGCUCGUUUCUUUCAGCGUAGAUACGGGCACUCUCCUGGAACGGGGACUAGCAAUUAUUUAGGCGACUUGCUGACCCUAAAGAGUUGUCUUGCGGAGGUUUUGAACGAAAUGAAGUCGAAUAGAAAAAUAGAAGACGAAUACUUAAUUGAACUUUGCCGCUUUGGAGCGAGCGAGAUUCACAGCGUGGCAGCGUGCGCCAGCGGUUUCGUACAUAUUAUCAUUAUCUUUUUUUAUAAGCUGGUUUAUGGGAGGGGUGCAACCAGGCAUCGCUGCACAGGAGGGGAUAAAAGUUCUCACCCGCCAGUUCUACCCCCUGAACAACGCACUGAUAGUGGACACAGUAACCGGGCAAGCAGUCUCCUUCAGAGUGUGACUGGCUAAU